CGCUUCAUCUCCCUCACAAUUAUUUAUUCGCUCCCAAAAUUAUAAAAAAAAUCAUUUUCCAAUGAAAGCUCUGUCGCUCUCCAUCUCCGUCUCCUUCUCCACAGCCACACCCUCUGCCCUAAAUAAAUCUCUCUCCCCUUCCACCAUUCUCCUCUCUCUCUCAUCCAGAUUCUUCUCCUCGCCGCUUUUCCCGCCACACAACCGCUCCAUGGCCACUUGCGUCCACUCCUCCACCGCCACCACAACUCCCCCCCGCACCGCUCAAUCCGUCGACACCUACGCCAUCUGCUGCAGACCUAAUUUCGCCGAUCGCGUGCAACCAAAAACGGUUCUGGUCGCCGAUUUGUGGCUGCGGAUGAGGGAGGAGGCCAGGUUAGAUAUUGAGCAGGAACCGAUUUUGUCUAGCUACUAUUAUACUUCGAUUCUGUGCCACGAUUCGAUCGAAUCAGCUCUCGCGAGUCACCUCUCGAUCAAAUUGAGCAACCACAGCCUCCCCAGCGGCAUCCUCCACGAUUUAAUUUUAGGGAUUUUAGUCGAAAAUGGGGAAAUAAUUAGGGCGGUGGUUGAUGAUCUGAGGGCGGUGAAGGAGCGGGACCCUGCCUGCAUCAGUUUCGCACACUGCUUCCUCAACUUCAAAGGCUUCUCCGCGAUUCAAUCGCACAGAAUCGCGCACAAUCUGUGGUGCAAAGGCAGGAAAGUGCUGGCGCUGCUGAUACAGAACAGGGUUUCGGAGGCCUUCGCGGUGGAUAUCCACCCCGGGGCGAGGAUCGGGAGCGGUAUCCUUCUCGAUCACGCGACGGGGGUGGUGAUCGGGGAGACGGCGGUGAUUGGGAACAAUGUGUCGAUCCUGCAUAACGUGACGCUGGGCGGGACGGGCAAGGCGAGCGGUGAUAGGCACCCGAAGAUCGGGGAUGGGGUCCUGAUUGGGGCGGGGACUUGUGUGCUGGGCAAUGUGAGGAUCGAGGAGGGGGCGAGGAUUGGGGCGGGAUCGGUUGUGCUGAAGCAGGUGCCGGCGAGGAGCACAGCGGUUGGGAAUCCGGCGAGAUUGAUCGGAGGGCGGCUGGAGAAGACGCCGAGCUUAACCAUGGAUCAGACCUCGCAUUCUGAAUGGUCUAAUUAUGUUAUAUAGAAGAAGAAGAAGAAGAGUAAGUGUUGUUAGCAGAGGUGUUUCUUGCUCUUAAUCUAAUAUACAUGGUGUGUGUGUGUGUGCAACUUUUUGGCUAUUACUACUAUGAUUAGAUAUUACUACUCAUUUGUGUGACUGAGUUGUUUAUGUAUAAUGUUUGAGGUUUUAUUUUUGUAAGAAAAAAGGUAGAAUCCUCUUUGGUUAA